AUGGCAAAUGCAAACUUAAGCAAUGGGAACAAUUUGGCUUCACUUAUUCCUCGAUUCAACAGUGACAAUUACGAUUAUUGGAGCAACAAUGUGGAGGUGCUUUUAAAAGCCAUGGAGUUGUGGAAUAUGGUUGAAGACAAUUAUGAGGAGCCUGAAAAUGAACAUACACUCACUCAAAGCACAAAGAAAUGUAUUGAAGGAAAAUUGAAAGAAGGAUAA